AAAGUUUCUUGUCCCACUUGAAGACAAACUUACAAACAAUCAGCUUCUCUUCUUGACAUGUGAAGUCUCAAGGCUCACUCUACACUAACUUAUCUAUAAUUAAUUGUUAUUAUUAUUAUGUCCCCCACACCUUUCCUCUCACCUUUAUGAAUUUUUUAUCACACCAUAAAAUAAAUUUAAGGGUUUACACUUCACUCUGACUCUCAGAAUUUAAAACCUUCUCAUCAGAGUAGGCAAUAAUUCCCUCCCUUGUGUGUCCUCUGCUCACUCUCUAAAAUCAAACUGAACCACAAGCAGAAGCAUAAAACCCUAGUGGGUGUCUUGCUUUGUGUACAAUUUCUUCAUUUCUCUCUAUCUUUCUCACUUCUCAACUAAAAUGGGUUCAAGAAAUUUGGCUGUGGCAAUUGGGUUUGGGUUUUUGCUACUUGGAUUUGCAGUCUCAGACACACAGCAAGAUAAAACAGAAUGUGCAAGCCAACUUGUGGGUCUGUCGACUUGUCUUCCUUAUGUUGGUGGAACUGCUAAAGCUCCAACCUUGGAUUGCUGCGCUGGGCUUAAGCAAGUGCUAGAGAAAAGCAGAAAAUGCCUUUGUCUUCUAAUUAAAGAUCGUGAUGAUCCAACUAUUGGUGUCAAAAUCAAUGCUACUCUUGCUGCUACUCUUCCUAGUGCCUGUAACGCCCCUGCUAAUGUCACACAAUGCAUCGAUAUUCUGCACUUGUCUCCAAACUCGCCAGAUGCCAAGAUAUUUGCAGGAUUUGCCAACAUCACCAAAGGAAGCAACAGUACUGUUGCAAGUGGGAAUUCUACUGGAAGUGGAUCAAGUGCAGAGGAGAAAAGCGGUAGAGGAAUGGGAAAGAGAUCUAGAUGGGUUGGAGUUGAGAUGAUUUGUGGGGUUUUGCUAUGGGCUUUGACAGCUUUUGGCAUCUGAUGAUAUGAUGAAUAGAAGUGAGAUUAUCUAUGCUUAUGUUUUACAGAAUUUGUAGCUUUUAAUCUGUUAGUACUAUUUUUAUCCUCUAAUCUGUUCCUUUCCUUCUAGGUUGUUCUGUGUGA